AUGUAUCUUGAGCCACACCCUAUGCUGGGAGAUUUCAAAAUAAAGAAGAAAUGCAAUGUGACAAACGCAAGAAUCUCUGAGCUUGAGCUGAACGAUGUAAAUCUAGAGCUGCCUAUAUUCAUGCCUGUAGGAACAUACGGUGCGUUGAAAGGAGUUCGCACUGUGGAUAUCAAGGAAAGCAUGAUAUUGGCGAAUACCUACCACUUACGUAAUUUGAAGAAAAAUAUCAAAGAGUUUAUGUCUUAUGGCAAGGGCAUGCUGACUGAUUCGGGUGGAUUUCAAAUAGGAAGUCUUCGUGAUGUGAGUGUGUCUGAAGACGGGGUGUUUUUUGCAGAGAAGCUCUUUACGCCUGAGGACAGUAUGAAAAUCCAAAGAGAGCUAGGCGCCGAUGUAAUAAUGCAGCUCGACGAUGUUGUGAAUCCAUGCGAUGAAAGAAACAAGGUUGAGGCAUCGAUGAGAAGAUCGAUCAGAUGGCUUGAUAGAUGCAUUGAGACGGUUAAUUCAGGGGUAGGCAUUCACAUACAAGGCAAAAAGAGAGCUAAGCGAGAAGGGACCCCGCAUAUAGAAAUCAAUGAGCAUAGCAAGCAAAUACUAUUCCCAAUAAUCCAAGGCGGCUUGCAUGAGGAUUUAAGACUGGAAAGUAUCAACGAAAUCCUCAAAAGAUUGCCAAAAGGAGUUGCAAUUGGAGGAUUGAGUGGUGGCGAAGAAAAGACAGAGUUUGCAAGGAUUGUCGACUACUGUAUAAGGCAUCUCCCAGAAAGCAUUCCAAGAUAUUUGAUGGGAGUGGGCUAUCCUGAAGACAUUGUUGUAUCUGUUGCACUCGGAAGCGACAUGUCGGAUUGUGUGUAUCCAACAAGAACAGCUAGAUUUGGAAGGGGAUUUUCAGACACAGGCGAUGUUUGCUUUUCGUCAAAGCUUGUGCUUGACAUGAGGAAGAUUGAUGAUGGCUGUGAAUGCUUUACAUGCACAAAAUACUCAAGAGCAUUUCUAUGGUCAAUCAAGGGAACCACAAACUUCUGCAUGCUGCUUACAGCUCAUAACUUGCAUUAUAUGAGAAACCUUACAAGAAGAAUAAGAGAGGCUAUAUAUGGUGACUGUUAUCCUGAGUUUAUUAGGUCUUUCAUGUCGAAAAAGUUUGAGGUUGUUCCUGAGUGGAUCAAAGUAGCUCUGAAGAUGGUUGAUGUGGAUCUGGCAUAG